CAGAAAGACUCUGGCCUCUUACCAAAAGUGGAAUCAAAUCGGCUGGCUCAACAGCUGGGGGUCUAGCAGAGUGGGGAGCGUGGGUCCUGGUGGACUGAGCUGUCCUGUGCAUGAGCACAAGAGUGGGGGAAAGGGAGGAAAGGCUGAGGGAGCCGGACACCCCCGGCGACCAUGGCAGUGGAACCCUGCGACCCUUAGGAGCGGCUUUUGGAGAGAGGCAUUUGUCGCCAAAGGAAGCGCACCGAAGCCAUGGGAGCCGAAGAGGAAGAGGUGGCGGUCACUCUCUCUGGAGGGGCCCCCUGGGGCUUCCGGCUGCAGGGGGGCUCUGAACAGAAAGGACCCCUUCAAGUGUCCAAGAUCCGCAAGAGGAGCAAGGCGUGCCGCGGGGGCCUGUGGGAGAACGACAUGCUCCUGUCCGUCAACGGGAAGCCCUGCACGGGCCUCUCACACGCGGCCGCCAUGCAGCUCAUCGACGCGGCCAGUGGCACCCUCAGCAUCGUGGUCAGAAGGGCAGCGAGCGGCGGCCCAUCUGGUGCGAGAGCCCAGCGUUCCCCUUCCCCCAGGCAGCCUUUCCUGGGCAGCCGGGCCCCCCCGGUGCGCAGUCCCGAACCUGCAGCCCCCCCUUCCACCCAGGAUGCCGAGCAGCCGCCCCAGCGCCAGCCCCACCUGGAGAACCUCACCUCCCCUCCUGACAGCGAGGCGUACUACGCCGAAACCGACAGCGACGCCGACAAUGUCGCCCAGGAGAAGCAGCGCAGGGCCCGCAAGAAGAGCCCCCGCUCCCCCCCGGGUGGGCUGAACAAUCGAGCCGGUGAGCCGCCGGACGAGGUGUCCCUCUCGGAGAUGAGCGGGUACGACAGCACCCCCGAGGCCCCGGCACCGGCCGGAGACGGAGGAGAGGGCCCCGGUGGGGUGGCCAAGCGGGAGAUCAUGUGCCAGCCGGGCAGCCGCACAGACACCCCCUUCUCCGAGAGUGAGGCGCUGCUGCAGCCCCCCGAGCCCGAGGACCGGGAGCCCUCCCCAGAGGCCCUGCUCCUGCCGCACGCCACCCGGGCCAUCCGGGCAGAGAGGCACCUGAUCCCCAUGGUCGGGCCUGUGGAGCACCCCGUGGACGAAGACCUCACCACCAGCUAUGCGGAGAAAGCCAAGCAAGCCAAGCUGCACCGCGGCGAGAGCGUGCAGGAGAAGAGCGUGAAGGAGGCCAAGACGCGCUGCCGGACCAUCGCCUCGCUGCUCACGGACGCGCCCAACCCGCACUCCAAGGGCGUCCUCAUGUUCAAGAAGCGCCGGCAGCGCGCCAAGAAGUACACGCUGGUCAGCUUCGGCAGCGUGGACGAGGAGCGCGCCGGCGACGAGGAGGACGGCGUGCUGCCCACCAGCGAGUCCGAGUUCGACGAGGAGGGCUUCUCGGACGCGCGCAGCCUCUCCAACCACGCCGACUGGGACAGCGCCUACCUGGCCGUGGAGACGUCGCGCCAGCGCCCCGCCGCCGAGCCGCAGCCGCCGCCGGGCCUCAGCGACGCCUCCGGCCGCGGCGCCCAGCUCUUCGAGCGGCAGAGGCUGAAGGCCGGCCGAGGCGGCGAGAGCCCGGGCGCGCAGUGGUCCGCCGCGCCUCCCCUCUCCCCGGGGCCCGCCGCGCCUCCUGCCGCCCCGCCGGGCGCGCCGCUCAGCGGCCCGGCCACCGCCGCCGUCUCGCUGCACAUCCCGGCGCCGCCGGCGGGGCAGGCCCGGCCGGCCCCCGGGCAGGCCAGGACCUCCACUGCCUGCAUCUACCUGUCCACCCCCUCGAGGCCUGCGGUAGGGGCAGGGGCCGCCGGCCCUGCGCCCCCCAGGGAGGCCCCCGCCCCCACCUCCCCUGCGCACACCAGCCCGGCACCUCAGCCGCCGCCGUGGCCGGCGCAGCUGCCCCCCACCACGGCCCCCACAGCGCCUUGGCCUGCCGCCGAGCCCUGCGCCUCCAGGGAGCAGCGGGUGGCGCUCCCUGCGCCCAGGACGGGCAUCUUGCUGGAGGCUCGCCGGCGCAGCAGCCACAAGCCCAUGUUCAAGUCUGCGGAGGAGAAGAAGAAGCACUCGCCGAACCCGGAGCUGCUCUCCCUGGUGCAGAACCUAGACGAGAAGCCCAAGGGGGAGCCCCACGGGGCCGGCUUCGAAUCUGGGCCCGAGGAGGACCUCCUGAGCCUGGGGGCCGAGGCCUGCAACUUCAUGCAGGGCUCAGCCCGGAGGUUCAGGACGCCGCCCCCGGUCGCCCCGAAGCCCCAGCAGCCCAAGGGCUCUGGCGGGCUGGCGAACGGCCCCUCGGCGGGCCAGGACCUCCCGCUUCUGAAGGGGAAGGGUGCUGAGCUCUUUGCCAAGCGGCAGAGCCGCAUGGACCGGUUCGUGGUGGAGGCGCCGCAGGCAGCGGCCCCGAAGCCCCGGACCCCAUCCCCGGCACCGUCCCUGCCCUCUUCCUGGAAGUACUCCCCCAACAUCCGUGCCCCGCCCCCCAUCGCAUACAACCCGCUGCACUCCCCCUUCUACCCCCUGGCGGCCAGCAAGUCGCAGGCCAGCAAGGCUGAGAGCAAAGUGAAGAAGCCACCCGGCCAGAAGCCCGGGAUCCAGGCCAUCGAUUUCAUGAGGCACCAGCCCUACCAGCUCAACUCUGCCAUGUUCUGCUUCGGGGCGGCCCCGAGCUCCGGUGCCGGGGCCUCCACGGGCCAGGCAGCCCAGCAAGCCAGCCUGUCUCUCGCCCCGGCCAAGCAGGCCCCCGUGAAAACAGCCAGGACCUAUGAGAUCCGCCGCUUCUCCACACCUGCCCCGAUGCCGGCCUCCAGCGGCCUGGCCCCUACUGUGCUGGCCCCCCGCUCCGCCACCACGCUGGAUGAGCCGGUGUGGCGCACGGAGGCGGCCUCCCCCUCUGCCCCAACCUCCCCCGGCCCCUUCCAGGUGGCCCUCCCCCAGUACCAGAGCUCUCCGGAGCUCAGUGAGGUGGGCCGAGAGGCCUCCCCGGGCCGGCCGGCCCCCGCCUCCAGUUUUCAGGUCGCCCGGCCCAGGUUCUCAGCUGCCCAAACCGGGAUGCAGGCUCACAUCUGGCGGCCAGGUUCACGGCGCCAGUGA